AUGGGUCAAGGUCAAGGCGAGUGUCCCGUCCGCUUUAGAAACACCGGCGGAGGCGGUACCACCAACCGUGACUGGUGGCCCGACUCGCUCAGGCUCGACAUCCUCCGCCAAAACACCAAUGUCUCCAACCCUCUCGAUGAGUCCUUCGACUACCGCGCCGCCUUCCAGUCCAUUGACUACGAUGCCCUCAAGAAGGACAUCGCCGCCGUCAUGACCGACUCGAAGAGCUGGUGGCCCGCCGACUUUGGCCACUAUGGCGGCCUCUUCAUCCGAAUGGCGUGGCACUCGGCCGGCACCUACAGGGUCUUUGAUGGCCGAGGCGGAGGCGGCGGCGGCCAGCAGCGGUUUGCUCCCCUCAACAGCUGGCCUGACAAUGUCUCCCUGGACAAAGCUCGUCGCCUGCUGUGGCCCGUCAAGCAGAAGUACGGCAACAAGCUCUCCUGGGCCGACCUGAUUAUCCUGACAGGCAAUGUGGCCCUCGAGACCAUGGGCUUCAAGACCCUCGGCUUUGCUGGCGGCCGGCCUGAUACUUGGGAGGCGGACCAGUCGACGUACUGGGGCGGGGAGGAUACCUGGCUCGGUAAUGACGUCCGCUAUAACGUUGGCUUCAAAGGGCUCAGCGAGCAUGGUGUUGUUGAUGGCGAUGAGCCAAAGCGACCGAGUAACCACAAGGGUGACCUUCAGUCGCCCCUUGCAGCAGCGCAUAUGGGAUUGAUUUAUGUGAACCCAGAAGGCCCGGAUGGAAACCCUGACCCGGUCUUGGCUGCGCAUGAUAUCCGUGUUACCUUUGGUCGUAUGGCCAUGAAUGAUGAAGAGACAGUAGCUCUCAUCGCCGGAGGCCACACUUUUGGCAAGACACACGGCGCAGCCCCUUCUUCUCACGUCGGCGCAGAGCCCGAGGCUUCCGGUCUAGAGUCACAGGGACUUGGAUGGGCCAAUUCAUUCAACUCAGGCAAGGGAGCAGACACUAUUACUAGUGGCCUCGAGGUCACUUGGACAAAGACGCCUGUCAAGUGGAGCCACAACUAUCUCGAGUACCUCUUCAAGUUCGAGUGGGAGCUCACCAAGAGCCCGGCUGGUGCGAACCAGUGGGUGGCCAAGGACGCAGACGACAUCAUCCCUCAUGCCUUUGACCCAUCAAAGAAGCAGAAGCCAACUAUGCUCACCACCGAUCUGUCGCUGCGCUUUGACCCGGCAUAUGAGAAGAUCGCUCGUCGGUUCCUCGAGAAACCUGAUGAGUUUGCCGAUGCCUUCGCCCGGGCUUGGUUCAAGCUCACCCACCGUGAUAUGGGUCCUCGAGCCCGCUACAUUGGACCAGAGACCCCCUCGGAGGAGUUUAUCUGGCAAGACCCCAUUCCUCAAGGCCCUGCCUCCCUGAGCGAGAGCGAGAUUUCCGCAGUCAAGAACGAGAUCCUUUCGGCAGUGCCCGACGUGUCGAAGCUCGUAUCUGUCGCUUGGGCUUCUGCUUCCACGUUCCGAGGCAGUGACAAGCGCGGCGGUGCCAAUGGCGCCCGUAUCCGUCUCUCUCCCAUGAAGGAUUGGGAGGUCAACAACCCCAAGCAGCUGGGCGAAGUGCUCCAUGCUUUGGAGGGUGUGCAGCAGAGAUUCGGAGCCAACAAGAUCUCUAUUGCCGAUCUCAUCGUUCUCGGUGGCUCGGCAGCGGUGGAGAAGGCCGCGAGUGACGCUGGCGUCCAAAUCAAGGUUCCGUUCAGCCCUGGUCGUGGUGAUGCUACACAGGAGCAGACUGACGUCCAGUCCAUUGCUCACCUUCGACCGUACGCUGAUGGGUUCCGAAACUACGGAAAGUCCGAGGACAAGGUCAAGACCGAGCAUCUUCUGGUUGACCGGGCCAAUCUUCUCACGCUUUCACCACCCGAGCUGGUUGUCCUUGUGGGUGGCCUCCGAGUUCUCAACACUAAUUACGAUGGUUCGUCGUAUGGUGUCCUCACUAACCGUCCUGGCGUGUUGACGAAUGAUUUCUUCGUGAACCUGCUCGACAUGGGCACCGAGUGGAAGGCGGUAGAUGGUGAGCGCUAUGAUGGUGUUGAUCGUGAGACUGGCGGCAAGAAAUGGGUCGCGAGCCGCGUUGACCUGGUUCUGGGCUCCCAUGCUGAGCUGCGUGCCAUCUCUGAAGUGUACGGAAGCUCGGAUGGCAAUGCUAAGUUUGUGAAGGACUUUGUGGCUGCGUGGACCAAGGUGAUGAACCUUGACCGCUUUGACUUACAUGCCUAG